UUCUUUUUGAGUAUCUAUGGUUUAGCUGAAAAAAUCAAAGCAGUUAAGUCCGUAACUUUCUUUUUGCAGCUUAAACAACAGAAUUUGCUGCCCUCCCUCCCCUAUCCUGCAAUUUAAUUCCUUACAGAUUUUGCCAUGGGGUGCGGACUUAGAAAGCUAGAAGACCCUGAUGAUAGCAGCCCUGGAAAAAUAUUUUCUACCCUGAAGAGACCACAAGUGGAAACAAAGACAGAAUUUGCUUACGAAUAUGUAUUGCUGGAUUUUACUUUACAAGCUUCGCCAAACCCAGAAGUCAUCAAGAUAAAUUCAAUUCUGGAUAUAGUAACAAAAGUGGAAGACUACUAUCUUAAAGGGUAUAUUGUUGGGGCUAUUCAUCCUGUUAUACAACCUGUGGGGCAGCGAAAACACCUACCUGCCAGUUACCUAUACAGGGUGGUGCUGUCGCGCUUGAAAUUAAGCCCGAAGCAUUCGGCAGCACCCAGCGGACAAAGACGCCCAAGGCUUGUGAUUGAGGAAUGUCCUCUAACUUAUGAGACUCAAACGAAUGACGGAGCAAAAGAACUGAUAGAAAAGAUUAAUGUAGCAGCUAAAAGAGGAAUGAAAUUUGUUGGAUUCAUAUCACAGCAUUAUCCACCACUUAAAUUCUGCAAUGGAACCAACCAUGAUGGAGACAUAGAAUCAACACUAUAUGUGAGACACAGUUCAGAUGAAAACUGUAAAGGGUGGAAUGAAGGAACAUUAAGUGGGCAAUCAUCUGAAAGUGGAAUUGAGGAAGAACUUCAUCAUGAAAGUGGACAGUGUCAAAUGGAACAAGACGGCAGCCCCAGUUCCUCUAAAACAAGAAAGGGAGAAGGCCGAUCCUCAGAUAACAAGUUGUAUAUAGUCUUCAAUGUUUUUGAUGAUGAAUCAACCUGCUGGACCUAUCAGGAAGGCAUCCUGUCAAUGAAAGUAACAAGAAAAGGAUCUGUCAUUAGUACACUUGAUGCCGAUUGGCUGGAGUUAACUACAUUUUAUUAUAAACAAGGCUUGUCUUUAAUAGAUUCUUUUGUAUGCUGGGAAACAUCUAAAGGGGACCAUUUGCCUAAAUCUUUGGAGGGAUUCUUUAUCUAUGAAGAAGAAGGUUCUGGAGUUCCAGGUUCCAGUAGGAAAGGAAAUGAUGCCAUCGUGGUAGAACAAUGGACCAUUAUUGAGGGCUGUGAAAUCAAGACGGAUUAUGGCCCGCUGCUGCACACUCUGGCUGAGUUUGGAUGGCUCCUGACAAGCGUACUGCCUACGCCUAUACUGAGACAUGACAGUGAAGGGAAUUUGGCUACAAAGCAGGUUGUGUUCCUUCAGAGACCAGUUAUGUGGAAUUCAGCGGCUCAAACACCAGAAAGGAAAGCCAGCCGGCACAUGAAAGGUGAAGACAGGAACAAAGUCACCAGCAGGAGCAUUGGAUUGGACACGGCCAUGUCACAACCGACAGAGAGCAGAAACCAGCCCGAGGAGGGCCUCCUCGCUCCUUCUAGAGAGUGCUGGACAAAGGAGAGGAGGCCAGCGCAGUAUAGCAGCUUCUCCGGGUUCAGCAGCAGCGACAGCGUCCUACGGGAACUAGAUGACGGACAGUUUGACCAGGAAGACGGAGUAACUCAGGUCACCUGUAUGUGAGCCAUGGAGUAAAGCAAUGGAAGGCCCUGUAAAGAACUAUUAAAAUAAUUGCCAACUGACCUUAUUGUAUGACUUUCUCUGCAUUUAUGUAAUACUUUGAAUUUUUCCAGACUCAGGCUUUCCUCUAAUCGACGUAAACUUUGGCUCAACCUCCCAGACAAGAAAGAAUAACCAACGUAUUUGUAAAUUUAGAAUCAUGUUUACACUUCUCCCAACUAAAACAUCUGUUUAAACAGAUGUCUCAUUAGGUUAUUAACCAGUAAUCUACUUCAGUUUCUCAUGAAUGUAUAAAGUAAACUUUUCUUACAAAUCUUGGUAAGACUAAAUAUCUCAAUCAGUAUUUUACCUAAUUAGGAAGUUCUCAGGAAGUUAGAGUCUUACUUGAGCUGAAAAAUAAUCUCUCUCUCCCUCUCCCUCUCCCUCUCCCUCCCUCUCCCAACCCCCCACCACACAUAUACAUAAAGGGCUAAUUAAUGAA